AGUAACUAAUGCAAAAUAUUAUUCCUUUCCUUGGUGUCAAAUAUAUUAUGUAGGGAGGAAGAUAAGAGUGAUAAAAACGACUUACUAAUAGUUAGUACAGAAUGGCACAACCUGUUGAGAAUAUUCAGUUACCUCAUCCAGUUAUCUGGAAAAGGUGGAACGUUAAAAAUGGCGAAAUUGUCAAUCCAGGAACUGUACUUGGCUAUUACAAAAUUGAAGGAGAUACAGCAAAAUAUACACUGAAAAGCAAGAUCUCUGGAGGCAUAGCCAGCAUCUUAGUAAUGGCAGAAGACAACGUCGAGCAAGAGUAAGCUAUUACAUUUAACAUAUCGUCCAUUAUAAAUAUUUUAACAGCCAAACGUUGCUGACAAUUGAUACUACCAUUCGAUGUCUUCAUCAAACGAUUAUGAAGGGAUUAUGUGCAGAUUGUGGAAUUGAUCUUUUAAAUUCUAGUGAUAAUCCUACAACUUCAACUGAAACAGCAACUGUCUGCAUGGUUAACAGUAUACCUGAGUUAAAAGUUUCUCAAAAUAGAGCUGAGAUUUUGGGACGGAAGGAUGAAAAAAGAUUGUUAAAAAAUCGUCAGCUGGUUUUACUUGUUGACCUUGAUCAAACUUUAAUUCAUACUACCAAUGACGACGUUCCUCGAAAUCUGAAAGAUGUACAACACUUUGAACUGCCGUCUCGUCAAGCUGGUGGUAAAAUGCAGUGGUUUCAUUCAAAAUUUAGACCAGGGACUGAACAUUUUUUGGAAAAUAUGUCUGCAAAAUAUGAAAUGCAUAUCGCAACAUUCGGCGUAAGACGUUAUGCUCAUACUAUAGCUAAUCUUCUAGAUCCAGAAUCGAAAUACUUUUCUCAUAGAAUUUUAUCAAGAGAUGAAUGUCUUUCUCAAAAUGCCAAGACAGCGAACCUAAGCGCUCUCUUUCCUUGUGGUGAUUCCUUGGUUGUCAUCAUUGAUGAUAGAGAAGACGUUUGGAGCUUUAAUAAAAACGUUGUUAAAGUGCCAGCUUAUAGAUUCUUUCUUGGUACUGCAGAUAUAAAUGCACCAGUACACGUUCCAAGGGAAGGUGAAGUGGAACAGGGAUAUUUAGACCCAAGCAAGCAAUCUACUAGAUCAGAAAGAAUAACAAAGGUGAAAAAGGUAAUAAAUAAGGAUGGAAAAACAACAGAAGUAGAAGAAGAUAUGAUUGAAUGGGAAGAUAAAGAUGAUUAUCUAUCACAUCUAGAAGAUAUAUUACAUCGAAUACAUAAGCGCUAUUAUGACCAGUACAACCUGAAAAAUGAUCCAAUACCAUUGACAAAAAAUAUUGUCCAAAGUAUUCGGGCUGAAACUUUACGUGGAACACGUAUAUGUUUUUCAGGAGUAUUUUCGAGAUGUGUUAAACCAGGUCUUUCUUAUGCAUAUCAGAGUGCUGUUUCGUUGGGGAGUGUUGUACAUAAUGAUAUUAUAUUGCAUGGAGAUGAACCUACAACGCAUCUAGUUGCUUCCAAAUUAGGAACGAAGAAGGUUAGCGAUGCAAUGAAAUCGGGAAAGAUAAAAACCGUUAAUCCUAAUUGGUUAUAUCAAUGUGCUGAUAGAUGGCAGCACUGUGAUGAGGAACUUUUCCCAUUGAAUGAACAAACAUCAUCGGAUGCAAAUCGGGAGAAUUUAGAAGCAACUCGCUUAGCUAAGAAAAAAGCCGAAACUAUUAAACAACAAAUAGAAGAGGAGAAGAAAAAGGAAGCGGAACGAAAACGAAAAGAAUCUGAAUCCAAGACUGACCCAAUAUUUAAUCUAUGCAAACUUUCAAAACAAGAGCUGUCGAAUAUGGACAAAGAAGUCGAUGAUCUCAUAGAUGGAGCAUCUUCUAGUGAAUCUGAUGAUGAAGAGGCCCCAACACCUGAAGAAAUUGAACUUAAACGAAAAGUACUCUCGAGUCCAAGUGUAACUGACUCUUCUUCUGAUGAAUCUUUAAGUGGAGAAUAUCCAAAAGGAUGGAAAAGAAAGAUUAAACUACGAAGGCCUAAAUGUAAGAAACCUCGUUAUGAUAACAUUGAUGAAUCUUCAAGUGAUAGUAUGCUAUCUGAUAACACAGACAAGGAAGAUGAGGAGUCUGAGGAGGAAUUGGGUGCUAAGAUGGCAAGGGCACUACUUGAAAACUCUUGA